AUGGAGGCCGAUGCCCUCGUAUUUAACAGCGAUGAACUGCUGCUGUUGAUGGAGGCCGAUGCCCUCGUUGCUGCUGCUGCUGCUGCUGUAGUUGCUGCUUUCUAUGCGGGGCUGCAGCACCUCACCUUCACCGAUGGCCCUGGUGUCUCCGCGCUGCAGCAGCACAAGCAGCAGCUGCUGCAGCAGCUGCAGCAGCUAGGCCUAGAUGCGUGGGAAACUACCCCGCAGCUGCAGCAGCAGCAGCAGCAACCACUGCAGCAGCAGCAGCAGCAGCAGCAGCUGCCUUCUUCACGGGGCCCGCUGCUGCUGCAUUCUGCCUCCACUAUUUGCGUUCGCAGCCAUCAGCAGCAGCAGCAGCAGCAGCAGCAACCACUGCAGCAGCAGCAGCAGCAGCAGCAGCAGCAGAAAGGGGACGAUGAUAGACUCCAGCAAAGCUGCUGCAGCAGCCCGGCUGCAGCAGCAGCAGCAGAAGCUGCUGCUGCUGCAACAGCAGCAGCUGCUGCUGCAGCACUGACAGCAGCAGCAGCAGAUACGGCUGCAGCAGCAGCAGCAUUGUCUCUCAUUGCAACGGGGACAGUUGCUGCUGCUGCAGCGAACGGCUAUACAACAGCUGCCUCUGCUGCAGCAGCACAGACAGCAGCAGCAGCAGCAGCAGCAGCACACCCUGCAGCAGCAGCAGCACACCCAGCAGCAGCGGCAGCAGGCUCACCUCUAGAAGCGACAAAACAGACAUCCAUACUACCACCAACAGCAGCAGCAGCAGCAACAGCAGCAGCAGCAGCAGCAGCAGCAGCAGCAGCAGCAGCAGCAGCAGCAGCAGCGGGAUUGAAGCAGCAGAAAGCCAGAGCAGGGAAAGCAAAACACAGCAGCAGCAACAGCAGCAGCAGCAGCAGCAGCAGCAGCAGCAGCAGGUACAGGGUGCCUGAUGAAGAGACUAUAAGCGCUGCUGCGGUGUAUAGGCAGCUAUCCUCAGGAGGAGACAGUCCCCCCCCCCGUUGUCUGCUGCGGCUUGACGUUCCGCUGCUGCUGCUGCUGCGUGCUGUUGCUGCAGCAGCAGCAGCAACAGCAAAAGCUAUUGCUGCUGCUGCAGCACAAGCGGUCUGGAGAGCUACGAAAAUUUCUGUAGCUAGCGCGAAGCAGCAGCAGCAGCAGCAGCAGCAGCAGCAGCAGCAGCAGCAGCAGCAGCAGCAGCGAGUCGCUGCUGCUAGUGUGUACCAGCUGCUGCAGCAGCUGCUGCUGCUGCUGCAGCUGCUGCUGCCUGCGCUGCUGCGGCGGCUGCAGGAGGAGCUGUCUCCUUUCAGCGUUCCCCCGCUGCUGCUAGCAGAAGCAGAGUUGUUUGGCGGCAGCGUGCUGCAGCAGCAACACGCAGAUGCUGCUGUUAAAGUAUACAGCACCCUCGAGGCCUUCACUGGCAGACACCUUAGGCUAGGGAGGCACCUCAAGCAGCAUCUGCUGCUCCACCAAACAAGCAACAACCACAUGGCUGCUGCUGCUGCAGCAACUCCUGCUGCUGCUGCUGCUGCUGCUGCUGCUGCUGCAGUUCCUGCUGCUGCAGCAGCAGCAGCAGCAUCUCCUGCUGCUGCUGCACUCGCUGCAAUUUGUGCUGCAGCAGCAGGAUGGGUUCUGCUCUAUAGAAUACAUCUCCGCGUCAGUCUGCGCAUGCAGCAGCAGCAGCAGCAGCAGCAGCAGCAGCAGCAGCAGCAACAGCAGCAGCAGCAACAGCAGCAGCAGCAGAAACAGAAGCAGCAACAGCAGCAGAAACAGCAGCAGCAACAGCAAAAGAAACAGCAGCAACAACACAGACACAUACAUUCAUACAUUCAUACAUGCAUGGACGGAAACAGAGACAGCUGCAGCAGCAGCAGGAGACAGAGUGUUAUAUGCUGCAGCAGCAGCAGCAGGAGAGAAUGCUAUACACUGCAGCAGCAGCAGCAGGAGAAAGAGUGUUAUAUGCAGCAGCAGCAGCAGCAGCAGCAGCAGGAAGAGUGUUAUAUGCAGCAGCAGCAGCAGCAGCAGCAGCAGGAAGAGUGUUAUAUGCAGCAUCAGCAGCAGCAGCAGGAGAAAGAGUGUUAUAUGCUGCAGCAGCAGUAG